GUCCCGUCGUCCGGUCGACCAGCCCACAAGACGUCCGGCCCGAGUGGCCGGUCCCCACCGGCGACCUCGACCGCUCCGUCGCUCUCUCCUGCGCUCGGUGCUCUCUCCUCGGCCGGCUGCACCGACCAGGGUAGCGGCGACCGACCGCGCCGGCAGCGCCCGCUGGUGCUCGCAGCGCUCACAGCGGCGCACAGUCAGUAGGCCGAGUGAGCUGGCUGGGAGAGGGCGGUACUCGAGCUGCCUUGGUAAGAAAGAGGCCAGGGGUGAAGGUGCGUGCAUUGUGGGCAUCGUAGCCCACCAGCGAUCGGUGUUGAAGUUGUGUGUUCAUCGGACAUGCGAGUGGUGUGUCGGUAGAGGAUUUUCAGAGCUCGUGAGUGUGUGUAUCUUGGUGUGCGCGGCGCGGCGUAGUGGUUCGUCGCCAUGCCGUUCUUCGGCAAGAAGGAGAAUCGCCAAGAGGGCAAGAAGAUUCCGUACAAGAGCGGCGAGAAGCUGGCCAAGGAGGACCGCCGGCUGACGUCGAGUGCCUCCAAUGUCGAGGAGAUCUAUGAUAUGAAGGAGGUGCUGGGCACCGGCGCCUUCUCUCAGGUCAAGGUCGCCGAGAAGCGGAGUGAGCCCGGCAAGCUGUUCGCCAUCAAAAUCAUCGACAAAAAGGCGCUGAAAGGCAAGGAGGACUCCCUAGAUAAUGAAGUCAAAGUAUUGCGAAGGCUUCGUCACCCCAACAUAGUCAACCUACUAGAGACAUAUGAAGACAAACACAAAGUGUAUCUAGUCAUGGAAAUCGUGACCGGCGGCGAGCUGUUUGACCGGAUCGUGGAGAAGGGCUCCUACACGGAGAAGGACGCCUCCAACCUGAUCCGGCAGGUGCUGGCCGCCGUGGACUUUAUGCACGAGCAGGGCGUCGUGCAUCGUGAUCUCAAGCCGGAGAACCUGUUGUACUUCAGCCCGGACGAGGACAGCAAGAUCAUGAUCAGCGACUUUGGCCUGAGCAAGAUGGAGGACUCUGGCAUCAUGGCCACCGCCUGUGGCACGCCCGGAUACGUAGCGCCCGAGGUGCUGGCCCAGAAGCCGUACGGCAAGGCGGUGGACGUGUGGAGCAUAGGCGUCAUCGCCUACAUCCUGCUGUGCGGCUACCCGCCCUUCUACGACGAGAACGACGCGAAUCUGUUCGCUCAGAUCCUGAAAGGCGAGUUUGAGUUUGAUUCGCCCUACUGGGACGACAUCAGCGACUCGGCCAAGGACUUUAUCCGGCAGCUGAUGUGUGUGGAUGCCGAGAAACGGUACACCUGCAAGGAGGCGCUGCAGCACCCCUGGAUCAGCGGCAACACAGCGCGUGACAAGGACAUCCACAGCUCCGUGUCGGAGCAGCUCAAGAAGAACUUUGCCAAGUCGCGGUGGCGGCAAGCGUACCACGCGACGGCGGUCAUCCGUCAGAUGCGUCUGCUGGCUCUCAACAGUAGUCGCUCGCCGUCGCGUGAGCGUAAGGCGGCCAGUGACCAGUGAUGGCGGCGGAGGCGCGCGCCGGUCGCCGCCCAUCGAUCGAGCGUCGACGGCGACGGAGCGCGGCCCGACCGACGCCGGGCGUCCGGGCAGCUCCGGGCGGGCGGCGCCGACGGUCGGAGACACCGGGCGAGGCGCGUCGGGAGCGACACUGAUAGACAGAGACCGCUCGGCGGGGCGCGGCCAGACGCCGGCGGCCCCGACCGAUGUACAAAGUGCACGGCAGAGACAUGUGUCGGCGUCACUGGUUAUGCAUUCUGGGGCGCUCCUCUGCUCCGCGCGGGCCGCGGCUGCGGGUCGACCUGUGCCCCGUCCCCGGCUGAAUCACGGUGUCCUGACCCACUGCCCUAUCCCGACCUGAGCUGGUGAGGCAUGUCUUGACGGACCCUUUUUGAAAAAUCCCGAGUGAAACAGGCGUUCAUGGAAAAUAUUUUUGAAUUUAUUUUAAGGACAUAAGCACAUAUGUUUGCUUCCACCUUGAAAAACGUCUCCGUGCGUGUGCAAUGCUCACACAUAGUUAACUUAUUUAUUGAUUCAUACAUUCUCAAUCGAUCCGUAAGAGUGCGUCCCUUUUCAGAAUUUGACGUCUUGCAGCAUUGAUGGUAGCUGUGGUAGCUCGUUCCAAUGUCCGAUAUGCGUCGUCACAGACCCUGUCUUUGGGCAGUGUAGUGGCACUUGGACAGUCGGUGGGAUUUAAUGCUCAGUCUGACCUGACUUUACCCACCCUUCCGCUGUAAUAGUGCCCGGUUCAUGCGACUCUUUCCGGCGACCAAUUCUAUUUUUGCUAUACCUAUAUUUUAAUGAGAUCGAUAUUGGAGGGAAGCUGUGCCAGUCUUUUCUCGAAGACUGUCGUAGUUCUGGUGAUCAUGGAAAUGUCGUAGUAUUUUCAGUCGGCUGACGUAUGUAUUAGAGGCGUGCUUUCAUCAAAAUGACCCUAUAGUUAGGUGUUCGUGGCCCCUACUGUGACCCUAGACAACUUCUGGAAACGCUCAUUUAAAUUGGCGAUGCACGCCACAGUCGAUGCAUCGGUAUAAAAUUGCUUUGCGAAGAACGACUUAAAGUUGUUAAGUUGUCGAACUGAACAGCGCCCCAGUUAACGGUUUCAUUAGAGCAUUCGCAAUCUCUAUAUGUCUGGUGAUCAAUGGGCCUCCUUUCGCAUCAUACUUUUGUUUUCUCUUGAUCGACGGUCGCUUUUUGCUUACUAUUCAAAGCAGGUCAAAUGUUCGACAUGUUUGAAGUUGUUGAUCCCGAUAGAGAGUAAUCAGGAAGGAGGCACGUCCCUCUACCUAGCCCCUACGGCUGAGUCACUGAAAAUCUCCCAACCCCGAGACACGGUAGCCGCGAGUCCUAUACGGCCUUCGUCGGCGUGUGAACGCAGAGGAGCCGUCGGAUGUUCAAGUCCCUCCCUCUGUGAAGGCGUUGGCCGCGUGGCAAACAGACCCUGACCUCCUCUGCCCUGAGCUACCGCCCGGCGCGGUCCUGUGACCACUUGUGAUGUCGCAUCGCUGUCGUCCUGUGAUUCUUAUUCCAGUUUGGCCUCGUGCGCGCAGUUUGCAAGAAAGUUUGCGGCGCAGUUAUGGCAGAACGAUAGCAGCGCAGUCUGUUGCGGCGCCUGGAAGCGCAAUUUGUUGUUGGCGCUGGUAGAUGGCAGCAAGAUCGCUCCUUUUUCCCUGAGCGACCGCGCCGUGCUACCGGUUCGCAGCCAGGGUGGCGGCUGUAGAUAAUCCCAGAUAUUCUAUUCGCGCGGAGGCAAUGUGAAUUGUCGGGCCUGCGCGCCUAUCGUGUUCAGGGCGUCUGUGUUCAAUUAUCUAUGCUGAUGCACGGUGAAAGAACACAUCUUGUUCUGUUCAUUUCGAGAUAAUCCUCGUUCUGUUCACCACAAAAUGUCUGCCUACCACCCCUAACGGCGUGGUGAAUUCAGCUCGAACUCUCCACCAUCAGACUUGCCUCCGCUUCCAUUCUGUGCGCCUAUCUAUCCAACGUGAGCUGCCAGUCCUCAACCACUGUGACAAUCGGGCCAGCGCACAGGGCGCUGGUUGACCACCUAUUCUAAAACUUCAGCGUCCGACAAAACGGGGACAACCCGAGUUCACAGGGCAGAGACCCUUCAGAGGCACGAGCCUGCAGCGCGACUCGUGAUGUGUUUUGCCGCGGGUCCGUGCGGAGGGGGGCGCUCGUUCAGGCUUUGACAGAUGCAGCUGGCUCGCGCGGUCGCUCGGUGUACGUGGUGCGUGCGAGUGUGUCGAUAUUUUACUAUACUCCAGGUCGAAUGUCCACUCGUUGUUCUAACAUUCCGCGCUGCUCUGACUAGAGUGCGGCCGCCCGCCGGUCCGCCGGCACGGGGCAGAGUCGCGGAGAGGCCGCCAGUGAUCACGGAAACUGAUAUUUCUCGCGAUGAGCCCUAUUAUCUGAUAUCACAGCUCUCCUUAAACAGAAGUCAAUUCACGUCGAAUUACUUUCAUAAUUUGUGCACCUAUUUAUUUGAUAAUGCAAUCACCAACACUUCCACGCACUGUAUCAGUUUCCGUUCACUUUUGGCCGAAGCUGUGACGGUUUAACGCCGAUUUUCCGUGAGUCCGCCUCGUCUGUGCGAUUUCGCCUCUGCUCUGUCCCAUCGGUGCUAUGCAUCGACUGUGUAUCUAUAGAGAGCGAGCCGAGACCGGCUCGGAUCACGCGAACGUGUAAAUACAUACUCUGGACACGCGGCCUCGAUGUGAAUAAACCAAACUUCCUUUUA